AAAAUUGUUAUUUCUAAGUAACAGUCUAUAACAAACAAUAUAGUUCGACAGUAGCCUUCAGAUAAGUCAUUUUUAAAACUAUUCACUGAAAGCUAAUUUUUUAAAAGUUUAUAUUUUUUUUCAAUAGUCUUCAUAAUAAUAUUAUAUUAUACAAAAUGGCAAAGAAAGUAGGAGAUUCGGCCGAACUCAACUACGACAUGAACUACAACUUAUUUUUGUUGAAGACAUCUAUGCAGAACUUGAAAACAGCACAAGAUAAACAUAACGUGAACCGUUGGGUGCACAAACUACUGGCGAGCAAUAAGACGGUUGCCGAAAUGAAGCUCCGAAACGAUUUCAUGUUCCACCUGGUGACGGCCGUCCAGGAGGGCGAGCUUCGCCCGCCAUUCAACCAGUAUCCGCCGUCGUUACCCCUCAGCAAUCUGACGUACCUACUAACGGGAAGCGCGCCCAGUGCUGGUGGUAAGGACGGGAAAAAAGGCGCCGGCGCUUGGGAGUGCGACCUAUCCAGCGAAGACACGGAAAAGCCAAUGUUGUACAGACAAUCACCCGACGGCGGAGCGUUUUUGGCCGCGCAACCUGUACCGAAGUGUGGAGCGUUCUGUUACUUGGCCGUGGUCAGUAAGCCACCAGCAAAGGACGACAAGCCCAAGUUGUAAACGUAAUACGUGGGCAAUAUCUACCACGAGUGGUGUACAAAAAAUUCUACAUAAAAUAAAUAUGAUUUGUUAAAACA